AUCAAAAUUACCAAAUGUUUGACAUCCAACAGCUGAUGAUUAAUAAAUCAAUGUGCUCUAGUGGUGUCGUUAUACAAAGCAAACUUUGAUUCUUACCGUCAGACUACACAACAAUUUACUACAUCUAUUUGAUCCACGCCUGAAAUGUAGCGCAAGUUCACACACGUUUACACAUCUUCAAUCGCACCUGAGUAUCGAUCGCUGCCAUUCACAAAGACCAUGUUGAUUAUUAUUAACUGGAAUCGAGAUGACACACCGAAACCAAAACUUCUUCCUGAAUUCACCACGGUGCCACCCUCACUGCCAAAUGAUUGGUCAUUUCAAACAGAUGUUUGGCUCCGCUAUGACGUUCGUCAGCAGAACUUUUUAAUACCGAUUUGUCCGGCGUCAGUCCGUCAGUCCGUCAACUUUCCCUAUAAGUACAUUUAUGUGUCUACUGAUAGUUGUAAAGAAGAGUCAUCAGGAAGCGAACCCAGAACAGUCGGUGUGGCAUGAAGCACGCUUCUCAGACCUCAUUGCUGAUAUAGUGGCGAGUUCCAGAGAAGGCUGCGAGCUAGGAGCAGAACUUGCCAAGAAACUACUCAGAACUCGUGUGUUGAGGUCCAAGCGACUACAGAAGCUUGUAAAACGUCAGGCCAGACUGGGGAAUAUAACCGUUCUAGACAAAACACUCAACACGUCCAGCAUCGAACUUUCUCUCAACGAGAAUCUUCACUUGGAUUACGAGGCUAUACAGAAGUACAGCCAGCUGUUGAUAACGGUCAGGAGGAACGCAAGAAUCGCAAGACGGACGAUGCGUCAAACGAAGAACAAACUGAGAAACCUGGCAGAUCAGCUGCGUCAGGCUAUGACGUAUCGCGGAGAACGUCCUUUGAGGAUCCAAGGAGUCCCAGGCGACGUGAGGAGUGCACGGGAUCGCCGACGAGCCAUGGACGAAGUCGAGAAGGCCAUAAACGACUACGCAAUAAUCCGGGAGAUCGCGGGGUAUUUGAACAAAAUGAGCGUUCUCUAUCCCAUGUACAACGAGUAUGUUCAGAGACUGGAGUCCGGAGAAACUGAAUGUUGACAGUUUUACAAACAUCUGCUAUUUUGAAAGUAGUUAUUUCAAACUUGAAAAUCUCUCCAGUUAGGAGACAUAAUGUGUAACGGUUGUGGUAAUACAUACCGUAUCAGUCUAGAGGUGAGGUAAUACAGACGGUAUCAAUCUACAGUUCUGGUAUUACAUGUACAGACUGCAUCAGUCUACAGUUAUGGUACUACAGACUGCAUCAAUCUACAGUUCUUUUAAUACAGACUGCAUCAGUCUACAGUUGUGGUAAUACUAACUGCAUCAAUCUACAUUUGUGGUAAUACAAACUGUAUCAGUCUACAGUUGCCCAGUAGCAACGGUUAAGUUGCGUUAAUAUACAAUAUAGUAUUAUUUACAGCAUCCCUGGUAAUUAAGCACGGGAAUCGGCAAUGCCGUAAAUACUGCCGCGGUGUUUUGAAUAUUUCCGCGGCAUUUAUUUUAUUGUGGAGCAUUCAAUUUUCUGUCACUUUUUUACUUAUUUAAUUAUUGUAAUACUGACAAAUUAAACUCCGCGGAUUUUUUUCCCACAUAAACUGCAAAACUAUAGUCCCCACGGUAUUUUCCACGGCAUAUAUGGUUUGCCAAAGCUAAUUUCUAAAUUAAUUGCCAGGGUUGCCUACUUGAACAUCUUUAAUUUUUACAUUUUUAAUUACAUUAAAUGGACCUACAGCAUAUGCCUCAGUGGGAAUGUGGUUAUUAUAUCGAGGUAGAAUACAUGUACGAUUCCGAAAUGUCCGUUGUAGAUAGGUGGUUUUAUACAAUGUGCUUUUAAAGCAGAUUCUGCUGUACAUAUAUUUAAUAAUUGUAAUUAUAGGAAUUUUAUAUGCAGUUAUCUAAGCAUUGGUUUAUGUAUUUCACAAAUCAGUUGUGUUACUACAUAAGUAUUUUAUAUUUUACAUUUGCAAUUUUAGCGAAUGUACAUAAACACACUAAUCAAUGAUGAAACGAGUGAAUGGAAUUCUAAUCGAUGAGUGAAUAGUGACACACACACGCACGCACACACGCACACAGGCACGCAUACAUACACGUACGUUGUAAAUAUUUGUAUAUCUUAUAGCCAUGUUACACAAUGUUUUAAUUCAUUGUA